AUGACAUCACUUGUGCUGUUAAUCAUUUCGGCGAUAGCACUUCUGUCGGGGUACGGUUCUUUAACAAUAUAAAAAAAAUGAUGUGUGAGAACUUUUUCAGAUUCAAAAUCGACACAACUAACCAUCAGUUUCUUCUUGACGAUCAGCCAUUCCGUUACCUUGCUGGUGAAAUUCAUUAUUUCCGAAUCCCAGCGACGAAAUGGGAAGAUCGACUAAAAAGAGUUCGGUCAAUGGGAUUGAAUGCAAUCACAGUGCCGGUUCCCUGGAACCUGCACCAAAUUGAAUACGAAUCGUGAGAAACGUGGUGAUAAGUUUGUGUUUAACCCAUCUAUUACAGGAUUCCCGAUUUCACAGGCAAUCUGGAUCUGUUCAAGUUCAUCCAAAUGGCUCAGGAUAAUGGGCUGUACACUUUAAUUCGACUGGGUAAAAUAAACAUUUCAAGUGAUUCGUUUAAAAAUCAGUUACUUUCAGGACCUUACAUUGCUGAUGAGUGGGAAAAACAGGGGGUCUUCCAUGGUGGUUGAUCAAGAACACACAUAUCACAAAGUACAGAAGUAGCAACUUGGCGUAAGUGUGAAUCGUUUCCACAAAUGCAUUCGGUUUGUUUUCAGAUUCAUCGCAGAAGUGUCACAAUGGUGGAACUACCUGCUACCAAAACUGACACCUCUAAUGAGAAAGAAUGGUGGUCCAAUCUUGAUGGCACAGAUUGAGCAUUAUUAUGGGUCCACUGGUAUUUGCGAUCAGGAUUAUCUUCUACAACUCGCAAACCUGGCUAAAAAGUACUUGGGCAAUGACGUGGUUCUUUACUCUGGUUAGUGUACCUCUAAACAUUGAAAUGUUUUGUUCUUGUUGCAGUUGACAUGCCAAUGAUGCCGUUUUUGCAAUGCGGAAGAGUUCCCGGAAUACUGCCAACCAUCGAAAUGAGUCCGAACAGUGACACAAGUGCAGCGAACGGUUGGUUCCAGCAACAACAAGCUCUUGCUGCUGGUGGCCCUCGAGUUGGCUCACAAUUUCUGUUGGGUGUUUACAAACUGUGGGGCACUUCUGUGAAUGAUCCGUUUACUGAAGAUGUAAUUAUGAAAACACUUCAAGGUGAAUCAAAAACUACCAGUUUUAAAAGAAAAUUAUGAUUUGCUUUGCAGCGGGUUGGGCGCUCAACGCUAGUAUGAGUUUUCACCUGGCUCAUGCUUUGCAUUUUGGAACGGAAACAAUGCACCAUACCCCGUAACUACGUCAUAUGACUGUUUCGCGCCGAUUUCUGAAUCAGGAGACACGGCGACCAUUCUGUUGGCCAUCAGGAACUUCAUCAACAACAUUCCGGGAUGGCCCAAUCGACCAACGAGUGUUCUUGCCAACAUUCCCAGGAAUAUUUACAGCGACGUGGAAAUGAAACCAACGGAUACACUUAUUGAUUUCGUAGUGUCCAUCAGUACGAAAUGCUGGCUCACUGAAUCGUUGCCGUUGACUGCUGAAGACAUGAACCAAGGAUAUGGAUUUUUGUACUAUCAAACUGUAAGACAAUUUUAUCACCAAUUAAGUAAACAAAGAAAAGCUUCAGAAUAUCACGAGCUGUGGAAGACUAAACAUCUCAAAGUACGCAGAUGACGCCUACGUUUACUUGAAUGGAAACUUUGUGGUACAUACAACGUUAGAUCUUGCUAGUAUUCAAAGUGAUAAUGUUGAGCCAGUUUUGGUAGCAGGUAGUUCCACCAUUGUGACACUUCUGCGAUGA